CAUUCAUACUACACGGGUCAUGAUGUACUGGCUGCUUUUCUUCCUUUCGAUUCAUACCCUGACAAAUGCGGGAGUUGUCAAAACCAACACUCCUUGUGAGGGAAUAAACGCCAACUUCAAUUUGAAGACUGUUAUUGGAAGUUGGCAUGUGGUUGCUGUGUUCCCCGAUAGACUGUUUCCGGAUAAGGAUAUCGUUUGUUACAAAGUGGAGAUCAGUGAAACUGAUGAGGCAAGUCUGCGAUGGCUCGUCAACAAAACGUUAGACGGUAGACCAACAACUCCCCUAUCAGACACUAUCAAAGGCACUGUAGUGAGACAGCGGUACCACACCGAACAUCCCUUCGAUUUGUGGUCUAAAUCUGCGAAGGGGAUCAAUGGUUGCUUCCAGCAAGUCGUGUCUUUAGAUCUGAGUAAUCCUAGGCAUGUUCUUGUGAACGAUGUCCUUUCAGAUAUAUCUAAAACGGGUGAUGCUAUCACGAUGAUGCAGCUUCAUCUCAUGGACGCUGCGGAUGGAUCAGACCCGUUUUUGGUGCAAAUACUUUGGGGCCGGCUGAUCUCUGCUGUCAUUUAUCGGAAAACUCAGGGAGUGACUCAAGAACAAUUGAAGCCGGUUUACGAGUUUCUGAGCAGAGUCCGCGGCCCUCAGAGACUACCAAAAAUAUGCGAGAAUACGCUUCAAGAUAUAUUGAUGCUGUAGACGUGAAAACAUAAUGUAAUUGUGUUAAUAAAUUAUUAUGUAAUAUA